AUCAUCAUGGCAGCUACAAAUUUUUAUACCGAUUUCUCCAGUAACAGCACACAAAAUAUGUACAACUACAGCAACGCCUCCACAUAUUACGACAAUACAGCCUCCUACUAUCAUCAGCAGCAGAGCAACAGCACCUGGAAUCCAGCCACCUACAAUCCCAACUUUAUGCCUCAAUACAAUAAUGUCGGGUUGGAAAACAGCAACUCCCAAAUGUACAACGAUUAUUACAAUUAUAACAAUAUCAAUGAACAAGUAUCCAUCAAUACUCCAGAAGCUCCAAAAACAUCGCUAAAACGCAGAGCUAGUGAAUUAGAGGAAGAAAUUGUUAGCAAACCUGCUGCGGAAAUAAGCAAAGUUGAAACAGAAGAACCACCAAGCAAGUUGCGUGCCUUACUCACAAAUCCUGUCAAGAAAUUGAAAUAUUCCCCCGAUUAUUAUUACACAACUUUUGAAAAAGUCAACAGCAAUAACAAUGUCAAAACUCAAACGGAACAAACAUCUGUACCAAAUACACCUCCCUGCUUUGAACAAGAUUUCCUCUCAGCACACACACCAGCCACCCAACAAAGCAUCUUGUCACCAAAUCGCAGUGAUGUCGAUUAUUUGGAUGUAUAUUCCCCACAAUCCUUAAAGGUUACCAGCAAUUCAAAAGUUUACAAAAAUGGCUCAUCUACUACCACCUCAGAACCAGCCACCCCUGCUUCUUUAGUCGAUGGUAUCAGCACUCCACCCCUAUCGCCCAAUGAUAAACACAUCAAUCAAAAUUCAGCCCAACAACAUGAAAUCAAUCAUCAAAUUUUGACAACCAACGACUACAAUUGGUCAAACUGCGAAGAUAGCCCUGCAUCAGAUUGCAAAGACUCAAAACGCACCCGUCAAACCUACACUCGCUACCAAACUUUAGAAUUGGAGAAAGAGUUCCAUUUCAAUCGCUACAUCACCAGACGUCGCCGCAUUGAUAUUGCUAAUGCUUUGGCUCUAACUGAGCGCCAAAUUAAGAUUUGGUUCCAAAAUCGUCGUAUGAAAUCCAAGAAAGAUCGCACUCUGGAAGGUUCACCCGAAUUACAUCAGCAAGCUUUAUCAUAUCCAGUCAUGCCUCUGGAAGCCAACAAUCCACAAGUGCCUUUUGUUACAUCUCACCAACAUCUUGGCUCUAGCGGUAACUCGACAUAUCCCGCUUACUUGGCCACAGCAACACAACCUGCUUAUCCUGCAGCUUAUCAUCACAGCCACCACCACUCUCCCGAACAUUUUGCUGCCCAGCAAUACGAAACCACAUCUCAACAUGCCCAUCUUAAUCAUCAUGCUCAUCAUUACCUACAAGACGCUCAGCAAUAUAGCACUGCCGCUGCACACUUUGCUCAAACCAACUAUCAACAACAAAUAACCAUGCCAGCGGGAUCCAACCCAAUGUAUCAGCUGGCUUAG